CCCCCUUCCCGGCCCCGCCUGGCCAGGGCUGCAGCGCAGGGCGCGGCCGGGCGGGGGCUCGGUCAGUCUCUGCUGAUCCCCACUGCAGCCGGCCGCCGCCAGCAACUGCGCCGAGCUCGGGAGUCGCCGCGCCCCGCAACCGCCCUGUGCGGUCGUCCGUGUUGCAGACCGGCGCCACCGGGAUGGGGAGCCGCCGGGGCCUGCGCCAGUCGCGGGCCGGCCUCUGCCUGCUCCUGGCCGCUCUGCAGCUUCUGCCCGUGACGCAGGCCGGGGACCCCGUGGAUGUCCUUCAGGCCCUGGGCCUGCGUGGGGGCCAGGCGGGGGCCCCUGAGGGGCCUGGCUUGUGCCCCCAGCGGGCUCCUGAGGGUGACCGGGCAUUCAGAGUGGGCAAGGCCAGCUUGCCCAGUGUCCCCACGCGGGAGCUCUUUCCAGAUGGGCGCUUUCCUGUGAACUUCUCCGUGUUGGCCACGCUGCGGGCCCAGCCGGCCAACCGGUCUGUCCUCCUGUCUGUCUACGACGAGCGCGGCGCCCGGCAGCUGGGGCUGGUGCUGGGCCCGGCCCCGGGUCUCCUGGGUGGCACCUUCAGCCCCCUCCCCCAGCAGCCCAGCCUCGCGGACGGCAGGUGGCAUCGCCUGGCGGUCAGUGUCGACGGUGACGUGGUGACGCUGGUGGCUGACUGUGAGCCUCAGCCUCCCGUGUCCAGCCCGGGACCCCGAUCCCUCAGCGCCGCCGGCCUCACUGUGCUGGGGACCCGGGAUACGGAGGAGGAGGCUUUUGAGGGAGACAUCCAGGAGCUGCUGCUAAGCCCAGACUCCCAGGCUGCUUUCCGGGCCUGCGACCAGUACCUGCCCGGCUGUGACAGCCAGGGUCCCACGACCACCGGGCCCCCGCAGGGCAACCCAGAGAGUUCUCCUCCUCGACGCAAGGGCAAGGGGAAAGGGAAGAAAAAAGGGCAGGGUCGCAAGGGGAAGGGCAGGAAGAACAGGAACCGGGGGAGCCUGACCCCCAGCCCCGCUCCCGCGUCCCCGGAGCGCCAGGCCGCCACCGACGCCCCCCAGCCCGAGUCCCCGGUUCCAAACCAGCCUGCCGCCCCCGCCCCCGCGGUGCCCUCCGCUGCGACCCUGGGCCGCCACAGCGCCAUCCUGGAGGGGGACCUGGACCCUCGAGGUGGAACCCAGCUGGGACUCCCAGACGUGGGGGCAGCCGGAGAGGAGGAAGGAGGAGGGGGCUCCACUAUGGACCCCAGGUUCCGGGCAGCAGAACAGCCGUUUCAGACUGAGUUCCAGAUCUUCCCCGGCGCUGGAGAGAAGGGCGCGAAGGGCGAACCUGCAGUCGUUGAACAGGGGCGGAAGUUUGAGGGACCUCCAGGAGCCCGGGGACCCCAAGGGGUGUCUGGUCCCUCAGGGCCUCCUGGGCCCCCAGGAUUCCCCGGGGACCGUGGUCCGCUGGGCCCCGCGGGCCGCCCAGGAAUCCCGGGCAUGGACGGAGUCCGGGGUCCCCCGGGCACGGUGGUGCUGAUGCCGUUCGGCUUUGCAGGCAGCUCCCUGAAGGGACCCCCAGUGUCCUUCCAGCAGGCGCAGGCCCAGGCCGUGCUGCAGCAGACCCAGCUUUCCAUGAAAGGGCCCCCUGGCCCAGUGGGGCUCACCGGGCGCCCAGGGCCUGAGGGUCUCCCCGGAUACCCCGGCCUGAAAGGAGAAGCAGGAGAAGUGGGGCCACAGGGGCCCCGAGGGCUUCAGGGACCUCCUGGGCCCCCUGGCAGAGAGGGCAAGCGGGGCCGCUCCGGAGCAGACGGGGCGCGGGGGCUCCCGGGAGACACAGGACCCAAGGGUGACCGGGGCUUCGACGGACUCCCAGGGCUGCCUGGGGAGAAGGGACAGAGGGGCGACUUCGGCCCCAUGGGGCAACCUGGCCCCCCGGGAGAGGACGGUGACAAAGGAGCAGAGGGGCCCCCGGGGCCCACUGGCCAGGCUGGGGAGCCGGGCCCCCGAGGUCUGAUCGGCCCCCGAGGCUCCCCCGGCCCCCUGGGACGCCCGGGUGUCACCGGAAGUGACGGCGCUCCUGGCGCCAAAGGCAAUGUGGGUCCGCCUGGAGAGCCAGGGCCACCCGGACAGCAGGGAAACCAUGGGGCCCAGGGCAUCCCCGGCCCCCAGGGACCCAUCGGCACCCCCGGGGAGAAGGGUCCCCCCGGAAACCCAGGCAUUCCAGGCCCCCCAGGAGCUGAUGGCCCUCUGGGUCACCCGGGCCAUGAGGGUCCCACAGGGGAGAAAGGGGCCCAGGGGCCACCAGGCUCGGCAGGGCCUCCAGGCUACCCUGGACCCCGGGGUGUGAAGGGUACCUCCGGCAAUCGAGGCCUCCAAGGAGAAAAAGGAGAGAGGGGAGAGGACGGCUUCCCUGGCUUCAAGGGCGAUUUGGGCCCAAAAGGAGACUGGGGACAGCCAGGGCCUCCCGGACCCCGCGGAGAGGACGGGCCCGAAGGCCUGAAGGGGCCGGAGGGGCUGGCGGGCGAGGACGGGUCCCCGGGCGCUGCUGGGGAGAAGGGCAAUCUUGGUGUGCCGGGUCUCCCAGGAUAUCCUGGACGCCCAGGACCUAAGGGAUCUGUUGGAUUUCCCGGGCCCUUGGGGCCACUGGGAGAGAAAGGAAAGCGGGGGAAGGCGGGCCAGCAGGGGCAGGAAGGAGAGCGAGGACCACCCGGCUCCCGUGGAGAGAGGGGGCAGCCAGGGGCCACAGGACAACCGGGCCCCAAGGGCGAUGUGGGCCAGGACGGGUCCCCAGGAGUCCCUGGAGAAAAGGGCCUCCUUGGACUGCAAGGGCCCCCAGGGUUCCCUGGACCGAAGGGCCCCCCUGGUCCCCAGGGCAAAGAUGGGGUACCAGGGCACCCCGGACAGAGAGGAGAAUUGGGCUUCCAAGGUCAGACGGGUCCACCGGGACCAGCAGGUGUCUUGGGUCCUCAGGGAAAGAUAGGAGAUGCGGGGCCCUUGGGUGAGAGGGGGCACCCCGGCCCCCCCGGGCCUCCUGGUGAACAUGGGCUGCCGGGCCCUGAAGGCAGAGAGGGGGCCAAGGGGGAGCCUGGACCCUUAGGACCUGCUGGGAAGGAAGGGCCGCCAGGACUGAGGGGCUUCCCCGGCCCCAAAGGAGCCCCUGGGGACCCUGGACCCCCUGGAUUGAAGGGUGACAAAGGUCCCCCUGGGCCUGUCGGGGCCAAUGGCUCCCCUGGAGAGCGGGGUCCCCUGGGCCCAUCAGGCGGCAUUGGGCUUCCUGGCCAGAGUGGCAGCCAAGGCCCCGUGGGUCCCGCAGGCGAGAAGGGGUCCCCGGGAGAACGAGGUGCACCAGGCCCCACCGGAAAGGACGGGGUCCCAGGCCCCUUGGGGCUUCAGGGCCCCUCGGGAGCUGCCGGCCCUGCAGGCGAGGAGGGGGACAAGGGCGAGGUGGGAGCCCCCGGCCACAAGGGCGGCAAAGGUGACAAAGGAGACGCGGGCCCUCCUGGACCCACAGGCAUGAGGGGCCCCGUGGGACACCCAGGACCCCCGGGAGCUGACGGAGCUCAGGGACGCCGGGGACCCCCAGGCCUCUUUGGACAGAAAGGCGACGACGGAGUCCGAGGCUUCACGGGGGUGAACGGCCCCCCAGGCCCUCAAGGGCUGCCAGGCCCUCCCGGAGAGAAGGGGGAGGUCGGAGACGUGGGGUCCAUGGGUCCCCAUGGAGCCCCAGGCCCUCGAGGUCCCCAUGGCCCCAGCGGAUCAGAGGGCCCGGUGGGGCUCCCUGGCGGCGUUGGCCAGCCGGGCGCCGUGGGUGAGAAGGGAGAGCCAGGAGAUGCUGGGGACCCAGGGCCCCCGGGGCCCCCAGGAAUUCAGGGGCCCAGAGGUGAAGUUGGUGAAAAGGGGGACUCAGGUCCAUCUGGUGCUGCCGGACCCCCAGGCAAGAAAGGUCCUCCUGGAGAGGACGGACCCAAAGGGCACAUGGGCCCCACCGGGAUGCCGGGAGAUCUGGGGCCCCCAGGAGACCCUGGCCCUGCAGGUGCAGAUGGCUCUCCGGGGGCCAAAGGAGACCCUGGUGAUGUCGGGACACCGGGGCCACCUGGUGCUUCUGGGGAACCUGGUGCCCCAGGACCCCCCGGCAAGAGGGGUCCCUCAGGCCGCGUGGGCCGAGAAGGCAGAGAAGGGGACAAAGGUGCCAAGGGGGAGCCAGGUCCUGACGGGCCCCCAGGGAGGACAGGCCCCAUGGGGGCACAAGGGCCCCCUGGACGUGCCGGGCCCGAGGGCCUUCAGGGGAUCCCAGGCCCUGUGGGCGAGCCGGGCCUGCUGGGGUCCCCCGGGCUGAUGGGCCCUCCAGGCCCCCUGGGCCCCCCCGGCCUCCCAGGGCUGAAGGGAGACGCUGGCCCCAAGGGGGAGAAGGGCCAUUUGGGACUGCAAGGCCUCAUAGGUCCCCCCGGUGAGGCUGGAGAGAAAGGGGACCAGGGGCUUCCGGGCGUGCAGGGCCCCCGUGGCCCCCAGGGAGACCCUGGGUCUCCUGGCUCUACGGGCUCUGCAGGCCCCCCUGGGCCCCCUGGCGUGGCGGGCCCUGUGGGACCCAAAGGCUCCAAAGGAUCCCCGGGAUCCCUUGGUCCUCCCGGCGACACUGGACCCCCAGGGCCCCCCGGCCCCCCGGGGCCCCCGGGCGAGCUCCCCGGGCUGCGCAGCCGCAGACGCCGCCGGCGCAGCGCCGUCCCGGAGGGCGGCCUGGAGGAGGUGCUGGCCUCGCUGACGUCGCUGAGCUCGGAGCUGGAGCAGCUGCAGCGACCUCCGGGCACCGCCGAGCGCCCGGGCCUCGUGUGCCACGAGCUGCACCGAAGUCAUCCGCACCUGCCCGACGGCGAUUACUGGAUCGACCCAAACCAGGGCUGUGCCCGCGAUGCGCUCAGGGUUUUCUGCAACUUCACAGCGGGAGGACAGACUUGCCUGUACCCAGACAAGAGGUUUGAGACGGUGAAGCUGGCCUCCUGGUCCAAGGAGAAGCCCGGAAGCUGGUACAGCACCUUCCGGCGGGGGAAGAAGUUCUUCUACGUGGAUGCCGAUGGAGCCCCGGUGAGUGUGGUCCAGCUGAACUUCCUGAAGCUGCUGAGCGCCACAGCCGAGCAGCGCUUCACCUUCUCCUGCCAGAACUCGGCCGCCUGGCUGGAUGAGGCUGCGGGUGACCACGGCCGCUCGGUCCGCUUCCUGGGCACCAACGGCGAGGAGGUGUCUUUCAACCAGACGGCGGCGGCCACCAUCGAGGUCCCCCACGAUGGCUGUCGGCUCCGCAAGGGCCAGGCGAAGACGGUCCUGCAGCUGCGCUCCUCCCGGCCGGGCUUUCUGCCCCUGCUGGACGUGGCGGCCUCGGACUUCGGCCAGGCGAACCAGAAGUUCGGGUUUGAGCUGGGCCCUGUGUGCUUCAGCGGCUGAGCGCCUGGGGGCGGGAGCAAAGCGAAGGAGCCCCGCGAGGGGCACAUUUGGUGCUGAGGCUCACAGCCGCCGUAUUUAUCGUCUCCUGGGACUCUGCAGCCAGGUGAUGGGACUCCGCUUGUCACAGGCACAUGACGUCCCUUGUCCCUUCCGGGGGGUGGUGGGAGACAGACGCCCCCACUGGCCCGAGCGCCCGGCCCUGGGUGGCAGCACUGUAGCCCGGCCACACUCCCGUCCCCAGCCCAGAGCCCCCGUGCGGUGAGCUUCUAACUCCGAGCUGACGGAUGCCCGUGCCACCCGCCCUCCGCCCGUGCCCUUUGGUGCUACCCUGCCCCUCAUAGUUAAGCACUGGAUAUCCGCUGGCACCAAGCUGGGGCCCCCGCUCGCCCCAUUCCCAGGUGGGAGCUCGGUGAAGGGACUGAGUCGGACUCUGCGCCCCCAGCCCCCACCCGCGCCCAGACCCCAAGCCCACCGCGCUGUGCCGGGUGUCGGGCCGAGGCGGGGGCGGGGAGUCAGGAUCCUAAUGGUGCUGCCCUAUUUAUCCUGGGUCUGUGCGAAAGGGAAGAUCCCCUCCGGUGUGUAUUUAAUCUGCUUCCUCUUAGGGAAAGCUGGGAUAGGAAGGAGAUUCCAGCACCCCCUUUCCUCCCACUUCUCCCCACUCACCAGGCCACAGGGCAACGUUGGCAUCUCAAGUCUGAGAAUAAACCAAGGAACUGUG